GCAAGGACGUAGGAUCUUUUUCUACAGAGAAAUGGACAGCUUUAGAAAACUAAAACUGUGUGCUGCAAAGGCUUCGACAAUAUGGAUAUCGUUGACCGGCGUUGUGCCUUCAAUGAUCUCAAACUCAAUCCGUCCUAAGGUGCGUGUGCAAGGCUUUCACUCGCACACUCUCUCCGUGAAGCUCCACUGCGUGCACAGGCAAGCUUGUUAACUAAGCUUGGAGCUUCUCUCUCCUCCUCUUGAACCCUUCAUUACGGUCAUCAUUGUACAGCAAAAUGCAGCUCCCAGAGCAUUCUUACCCUACGCCUGUUGAUGGUGAUGAGGCGGAGUGUGCUGAUGUGGACUACUCAAUUGAUGUCCAUCAACAUGAUACAGCCAAAUUCCUGUCUGAAUAUUCAAUGGAUAGACGCUGGCAUUCAGCUUCUAGUCUUCCUCCGCAGCCAGAUCGAGGCGUAAGCUCGUUUGGCCCCUACACGACACCUCUAGUGUGGGAUCAGCUGCCUGCUAGCACCACCAGGAUCGACGGCUACCUAGAAGAUUUCGGUUUUGGCCAGAGAGGCAACGUCGGUGCUUUUGAUGUGCAUUCAGGUCCAGGAGCUCGCGAGGUCAAUGGAUGGCCACGUCCUACUUCCAACGACUUGGCUUUCAGUGAAUACACAAACCCACAGUCUGCCUAUCCCGGAGUGAUUCCUGGACUACUCUAUGGUUCUUCCAGCGGGUGCUCCCCGAAGAACGUUUCGAUGUACGAACCAGUCUGCAACAACGUGUUGAUGGCUCAACAUGGGUCCGCACCGGGUGAUGGGAACAAUUACUUUUCAGAGGCCGAGUUGAAGAUUUUAGAGUACUGAACCAUGAUGACUGAGCAACAAGCUCAACACGAUCAGGGUAAGAUAUAUAAGAGAGGGUUUGAAGCAUCUUG